AGGUGUGUAUAAAUUGAUCUUUCCUUGGAAAAUCAGCGUUGAAGAAGAGAGAGAGAGAGAGAGAGAGAGUGGAGAAGAAGAAGAAGACAGCACAAGGAUUCUCUAACAUGUCCGGAGGCAUCGCUCGUGGUCGGCUUGCUGAGGAACGAAAAGCCUGGCGUAAGAAUCAUCCACAUGGUUUCGUCGCCAAGCCGGAGGCUGCUGCAGAUGGUUCGGUCAAUUUGAUGAUAUGGCAUUGCACCAUCCCUGGCAAGCCUGGGUGGAUCAGUUUCUCUGUCAUGCGGCAGAUUUCUUACCUUGGCUGUAUAAAGACUGACUGGGACGGUGGCUUCUAUCCGCUGACACUCCACUUUAGUGAGGACUACCCUAGCAAACCUCCAAAGUGCAAGUUCCCUCCAGGUUUCUUCCAUCCAAAUGUCUACCCUUCUGGAACUGUAUGUUUGUCCAUCCUCAAUGAGGACAGUGGAUGGAGACCAGCCAUUACUGUGAAACAAAUUUUAGUAGGCAUUCAGGAUUUGCUGGACCAGCCCAAUCCCGCUGAUCCAGCACAAACUGAUGGUUAUCAGCUCUACAUUCAGGAACCUGUUGAGUACAAGAGAAGGGUGAGGCAGCAGGCUAAGCAGUACCCGCCUCUUGUCUAAUGUAGUGUCUGCUUUUGUGUGGUAGUUUUUAUCGACUGAUAGUUAUCUUUUGUUAGAUUGUGGUUAAUUAUGAUUGAUGGUUCUAUUUGAUAUCCAAAUAGCUCAGGGCCGCUUAAAAACCUGGUUGUCUAUAUCAGUUAUGGAGAUGUAUGUUUUGUCAUAUGGUAUGCUUUGUAUUGCUAUAUGGUGAUGUGAUGACUGUUUCAGGAUUCAUUAAUAUCAUGGAAACUUCAAGCUUUAGCUGUUGUUUUCUAA